GGUUUUGAUGAUAUAUGUGAGUUAUUAGUUUAUCAUGGAGCAAAUAUUAAUGCAAGAAAUAAAAAUGGCUACACACCAUUGAUGUUAGCAUGUGAAAAGUGUGAUGUAUGUACUGUAGCAUUAUUAAUUGAGAUUGGUGCUAAUUUAAAUAUACAACAAUCGAAUGGUGAAACUAGUUUAAUAAAGGCUGUAAAGAGAGGUCAUAAACAAAUAACACAAUGUGUAUUAGAAGCAGGAGCUAAUUUUGCUCUGAAAUCAAACAGUGGGUAUAGUGCUCUAACUUAUGCUAAAACUAUGAGAAAUUUAGAUGUAGAAGAUUUAAUGAUUGACCAUAUAUCAAGGUUAACAAGUGAAUUUGAUAAACAAGUAGCAUUAACAUUAAAUAACACUGCCAGAAUCAUCACAGCAUUAUUUCCAAUGCAAUGUUUUCCAUUAAAAGAAGGAAAUAAAUUUGUUAUAAAUUUUAAACAUGUUAUGGAACCAUUACAUCCAGGUGUGGGAUUUUUAUUAUUUAUAUCACAUGCUAGAAUAAAACAAAAUGAUAUAAGAUGUAGAUUACAUGGACCAUGUGCUGUUACAAGUGUCAUAUUGAAU